AUGACCGACCAAGCUAACUCUUCAGAUAGCCCCAAGUGGCUCAAGCACGUUGAGAAAAUGAUAGAAGAGGAGGAAGAGGAAGAAGAUGAGAUCGACUCUGAAGCCAUCUACUACAAAAUUGUUCGCGAUAUGCUGCUCUCAGAAGAGAAUCCAGACAAAGCUGUCUCUGAAGCCAUUCAGAAGUUUUAUGACUACUAUGUCGCUGGAUUUUCUGGAGAGGAUUUCGGCGGGAGGGAGCCCCCAGAAUACGAUGCAGGGGGAACGCUGAACAGCAUCGCGGACAUUGUGUUCGAAUUAGUCGCCAAAAUUCCUUUCACAGAUCCAAAGCAAGAUAUGCUAUCUCGUUUCCUGAUUGGUAUCGCUAAGAACGCUGCGGAUAGCUUUGACGAGAAGAAUCCUCGUUUUGUCUGUUGGAGCUGGGGAAUUCAAGGAGCCGCAGUGGAGAGGUGGAACGCCUGUCACGUCGACGCAGGACGCUUGGAUCGCGAAGGACCCGCUGUAGAUGAGGCCAUAGACAGAUGGCUCAGCACAGCGGCUCUCAUCGCCAAGCUAUUCCAAGCAAAUCUCCUUGGGGACUAUGGACCCCUAUGGCUAUCAUAUGACUUCACAAGAGCCUUCAAGACACAUACCGAUGGCGACUAUACAAAGCAUCCAGUCAGACAAGCACAGAUUCUUGCGGUUGCGAACUACGUCUUUCUCGCCGGCGAAGCGUUUGUACAGGACGCAAAGAUAGCUUCACCAGAGAGGAGUAAUGACUUGGAUGCGGAGAACUGGAAGCUAUGGGCUUUGAAACUAAAAGAGGUCUCUGAAACGGUCAAUGAGGAGGCUAGAUGGGAUCUCAAGGGGAAGACGCGGGGGGCGUAUGAGAAGAUGGUUGAGCUGUAUCCGGAGGCUUUUUCAUCGGAUGGGAAUAGCGAAGAAUGA